CCGGCUCCGCGCUUCGGAGGCAGACGGUUUCUCACUAUCCACACUCAGCGCGCUCCAGAGGAUCUCUGUGCCGGGCUGGAUUAACGCUUGUGUUUGGGACUUGGAUUUUAACUGCAGCCUCUGCGCGCUGUGGACACUUGUUUUUAUCCUGGAUUUAGUGGAUUAUUUUACCGACUGCAACAUGACUCUGGAAGAGUUAAUCGGCUCCAACAGCACCGAGAAAAGGAUGGAGACGGUGACUCAGGCUCUGGAGGAGCUGCUGGUCGCGGCUCGGAAGCAGGACUCCCUCACGGUGGGGGUCUACGAGUCCGCCAAACUCAUGAAUGUAGAUCCGGACAGCGUUGUCCUGUGCGUCCUCGCCACCGACGAGGAGGAUGAAGAUGACAUCGCGCUGCAGAUCCACUUCACGCUGCUUCAGGCUUUCUGUUGCGACAACGACAUCAACAUCCUGCGGGUGUCCGGCAUGACGCGUCUGUCCCAGCUGCUGGAAGAGGACACCGAGGACAGCAACGGGAACGAGCCCCGGGACCUGCACUGCAUCCUGGUCACUAACCCUCCGGUGCAGCCGCUGCAGUCUCCGGCCCUGCAGAACAUCAGUAGCUUCUGCGAGGAGAGCCGCUGCACGAACCAGUGGGUUCCCUGUCUGGAGAUGCAGGUCCGCUGAGCCGAGCCGAGCCGAACCGAAUCUGACCGCUGCGCAGCGGUGAGAACGAGCGCAAACAGUCCAAACGGCCGUCCUUCUGCUGAAGACGUAUAACGGCGUUUGAGGGGAGAGUCGAACCGGACCGAACCGAACCGGGGACUUCUGCGGCCCGAUUGGUUUAUCAAUUUGGCCGUAACCACGUGGGGUACCGGUACCGGACGACUUCUGGAGGCCGGACCGGCCGUCCCUGGAGGGGGGGGGGGGGGGACUAUUGCGGGUGGACCCGCGGUCCUGGAUCUGCCGGGCGGGACGCUUAUUUAAUGACAUGUCACGCGAGUGGCACCAGCUGGAUGUCACGUGACUUAACCUAUGAAUGAGGAGCUGCACGGGUUGCUCCGGACUACCACGUGAGCUACAGGUGUUCUGAUCACCGGACACGUGACGUCACACGUGUGUUUUUUAAUGCCGUUAUUUGUGACGCAAUGGAGUUCCACACUGAGUAUGUAAAGGAACAGAGUAAUAUAUGAACUGUUUAUUCAUGACAAAUAAAUUAUUGAAG